AUGCAAAUCUCCACUUUACUUUCCAUCUUGAGGCUAUUGACGUUCGUGUUUGCUGUUCCUGUGGACAAAAGAUCACCGACCAGUCUCAAAUACCACACAUUGGACUUUGAUGUCGUUGAUAUGACUCCUUCUUCCAAGAGACUGGAAACGGAAACCAUUUAUCGUCGUACUUUGUACUACUUUGCUAGAGUCUCAAUUGGAUCAACCAAGCAGCAGAUUGGUGUCUCGGUAGACACUGGAAGUAGUGACUUAUGGUUCCCUUCCAAUGAUGCCACGUGCACUAAUGGAGUAAACUGUAAAUCUAUUGGGACUUUUACACCAUCAAUUUCAAGCACAUUCCACAAUUUAUCCACAUCAGUGGAUAACAAUUACAAUGAUGGAAAUGGCGCCCAGGGUUAUUGGAGCAAAGAUGAUUUUUGGUUUACUGAUGGCACCAAAGUUGAGCAAAUACAAUUUGGGUUAAUGACUUCGCUGGGUAGAGAGACUGGAGUGUUGGGGUUGGGAGCACCUGAUUUGGAAGCUACUAAUGACAAGUACCCCAAUUUUCCAGCUACAUUGAAAAACGCAGGCAUCAUUGACAAGACAGCUUACUCGUUGUACUUGAAUCUGGCUACUGCAUCUAGUGGAAGUGUUGUAUUUGGUGCCAUUGAUAAAGCUAAAUACAAUGGUGAUUUGGCGGUGCUUGAUUUUGCAGAUUAUAGAUGGACAGCAAUAACACUUGGUUCCGUGACAGCCCCUGAUGGAUCCAAAGUUGAUCUCAAUAUCCCCGUGGCCUUGGAUAGCGGAACCACCUAUAUUCAAUUGGAAACAAACACUGCCAGACAAAUUUAUCAAGCUCUUGGUCUCAGUGAAUCAGGGAGCGCAUCAUGUGAUCAACUAUCGUUAGACACGAAUCAAUUGACACUCAACUUCGCUGGUGUUUCCAUAACCAUCCCGUACAAGAGUUUAUUUUACCAGUUUUCAGGUGGAUCGUUGUGUCAAGCUAGGAUUUACGGAUCGAGUGGUGGUAACAAUUUCUUUGGUGAUUUGUUUUUACAAAAUGCCUAUGUUGCUUACAAUCUUGAUUCAAAGAAGAUUGGUUUGGCACAAGCAAACUAUAAUGAUGCCACUAAUUUGGUUGAUUUUUGGUUCUAG